CCUCAGUGUUUGCCGAGUAUUGUUUGUACCGAGUGAAAGUGUGAUCUUGGCCACUUAGCAUUGACCGAACUCGAGGGCCGUUGGGAAACGUACGCACGUCACGAGUAGGCGGAUCUAUCGAUCGUUUGGGUGUUGGACGUCUAAGAAAAACAGCUCCCGCGAAGAAGGUGGUACUGCGAUCAGUGGAAUACGCGCGAAGAGGAAUCCAAAACGCCGCACAAUGAAAAAACUGUUGUUGUUCCUCUUGCUGACCUAUUUAUGCUCCACGGCUCUCUCCGCCAGUAUAUUGGAUUAUCUUGCACUUGUAACGGACGAUGCGGAAACUAAAGAGGAGGAAGUUGGCCCCAGCAAUUGCCUAUGUAAUGGACCAUCCUGCAUUUGUUGCAUUGACUUCAACAUGACCCUUAUCGAUCUCGGUGGUCUCGGAUGCGUGCGGCUGAAGUAUCUCUCCGCCGACGAAGGAAUCGCUCUGAACAUAUCCUACGGCGACAGCGUGCUGCACAGCCAGCGUGUCAAGGGUCCCGAUCCACCACCGACGUGCCUGAACGUGUUCUCCAGCCUCGCUCAGAUGUGCGCCCGCUUCAGCGAGCUGCUGCCAACGGACGAAGGAUUGCGCGGUUGCCUGCAGCUGGAACCGAUGCUGCUUGGCGAUGUGCAAAUCGAGCUGCCACUCGGGUGCUUCCGGAUGGGACCAAAGGGCAUGGAGGUGAUCAAAUCUGCCGAAGAGCAGAUAAAGGAACAAAUUCCGAGCGAAAGCGAGGAAACCACUCCUACUCCGGUGGUGACCGGCGAGGAAAAACCUACUGCAAGCAACAGCACGUCAACCCUAUCGCUGCUCGACAACCUCUCAACGGCGGACAUUCUCGCUGCGGUCAGUGAGUCGACGGAUGAGGGCAUUGCCAUGAUUUCCAACUGGCUGGGGCUGUCGGUGAACCGAGUCCAAAAACCGGCACCAGGCACAACGGAAACGGAAAGCCCCGCCUCUGCUACCAGCGAAGGAGAAAGUGAUAAGAAAGAGGAGGAAGAAUGA